AUCUCAGUAAAUACCUUGGAAGGGUAUAUUUGACUUGUGAAACGGUCUGGCGAAACAUAAAUAUGCUCCUUUCAUCCUAAUACGUAACGUGCUGUAGGUUACAGAGCAUUAGGCUGCUGAAUCAGAACCUUGUUUGGAUUAGCUCCAAACCUGUAAAGAAACAUUUCAAGAAGUACACGGCUGUACUUCAUUAUUUUCCUGAUCCACGUUAUUUACUUUCAGACCCAGUCUGACAAAUCCAAACAUCGAAUCCCUCCAGAUAUUCUGUUUCCUUCAUUUGAAGAUGAUGAUCACAAUACUGCUGCUUGUCAUCUUGAAAGCAGGAGCCCUGAGAGCUGGUUUGUCUGUGACUUUUGAAAACCCAAAUCCCUGUGCUUUCAAAGGAUCGUCAGUGGAGUUUAGGUGCUCAUACAGCUAUGAUGACGGACAAACUGUCAUAGAGACUACAUGGUAUAAAGGGGAAUUAAAAGAUGGCACAUGGGUACGUGUGAAGCUCUCGGACCUCCCUCUGAUUAAGAAUCGCUCUGAAUAUGUUGGCGAUAAACAGCAUGACUGUAGCCUGGCUCUUCAUGACCUGCAGCUCAAUGACACUGGGUACUACUACUUCCGGUUUGACACAGACAAGUACGGCAGGCGCAGUAGAAAGUCAGUGUAUCUCUCUGUCACAGAGCUGAGAGCCAGAGUUCACCCUGACACUGUGAGAGCCGGGGACGAUGUCACUCUUGAAUGUAACACAUCCUGCAAACUUCACAGUGCCCUCUGGUACAAAGAUGGACGUCCAGUAACUAAACCAAAGUUCCAGGCUCAGGCAGAGGAUGCUGGGAAAUAUUUAUGUGUCGUUGAAGGGCAGGAGUCAGUGCGUUCAGAUCCUGUAGCUCUGGAUGUGCAUUAUCCUCCUAUGGAUGUGUCAGUGGAAGUGAGAUAUAUUGUCAACCAAACAGAUUUUCCCAGCAUCGUAAAUCUGACCUGCAGCAGCUCUGCUAACCCUGCAGCAGUAAACUACACCUGGUUCAGGAGGAAAACUAAAUCCAGCUCCAGCUCCCUGCUUCAGGUGGGGUCAGGACAGGUGCUGUCAGUGCCAAUUGUGGAGUUGUCCCAUGGUGGACCCUACAACUGCCAGGCCAGGAACACAGUGGGGGAAAACAACUCCACUGAGGUGCUGCUAAGGGAAGACGAUGAUUCGACCCUCACCUCUUUAAACUACAUCCUCAUCCUUGUUGGAAUUGGAGUCAAAGCAGUUAUUUUGCUAGUUCUCCCCCUGGUUAUUGUCUGGGCUUGGAGGAGGGGGAGUAGCUCUGAUGUGGAAAAAGAGGAGAACAACUGUGACUUCAGCACAGAUGUAUAGGACCAUGAAGACAGGGUGACACAGCGGGAAAUGUUUGUUGAAGAAACUAAAAGGGCAUGAUGACAUUAACCCUCCCAUAAUGCUCUUUUCUCGGGAACAGCAAUAAUGGUCCUGGGUCAAUUUGUCCCGGGCAUGUUUAAUCAUCCAAAAAUGUCAGAAACAAAAAAAUCCACCAAAACAUUGUUUAUAUUUCAUUAUUAACUCUGUUACUAACAAUUUUAGUGCAAUGGUGUUCUUUACCUCUCACAGAUCAUGGUUCAAUGAGGACAACUCAUUCAUAAUAAUUCAUCUUAAAUCUUUUUUAAUGUACAAUGAAAUGACCUACAUAUAAAUACAAUAGUUUUACAUGACAGAGAUUUUUGUUUAUUUUAUUUAUAUUUAUAUUUUUUGUUUUUUUUAUGAAGUGAAGCCCAGAUAGAAAAAGUUUCAUUCCAAAAACACUUUAAAACACUUUCUUUAGAUUUUAAGUUUAAAACGGGUAAAUUUGACGACUGAAUAUCUACAUGGCACAGACUGUCUGUGGAUUGGAUCACGUAUGGAGCUCAAUGGAAGAAAAGAAACAAAAAAAAACUAAAAGAUUGGUUGGGGAAUAUGACUAUGUCUGUUUUAUGUAAAUACAGUUACAUUUAUAAUGAAAGAGGAGGGGAAGUACAUAUCUGUCAAUCUUUACCCAUGUUUGUGUGUUUUACUCAUUUUGAACAAAGCUUUAUGUCUGGAAAUGUGGUUACCCAACAGAAUAGUUUACUUGCUAAUGUUCACAACCAGUGUGGGCAGAGUGGGAUAUGCUGCCUCCACAGUUCAAAAUGCAUGUUACAGAAAUAUGUAACCUUCUGAAUACAAACUGAUUAGAAAUACGUGCAUCAUAAGACUCAAACUUAGCAGAAAUAACAUGGCCUUUAUUAGAUCCAUUAAAAAAAGAAUUCAGCUAUAGACUCAGCAUCAUGUUCUUCAAGAUGAUAGAAAUAUGGAAACCUUGAUCGACAAAGUAGAAGUUGAUGUUUAAUGGUUUAAUGAUUUUACCACAGACCCUCAAUGGAACAUAAACCUGGGAACACAUUUCUUGCUUAUUGGUGGCAUAAAACACAGAUAUUCAUAGAUGAUGCUGUCUGCUGAUAUGGCUGUAUCUAUUAUGCGGUUUAAUCGCAAUAAACCCUCUUGUGUCAUAG